CCGGUUGCCUGGCCAAGGAGCGGACGAGAGUCUCGGGGGAAGCGGGACUGUAAGGGUCCCAAGCUGCUGCCUGCAACCUAGUCCUGCUACGUCGUGGGGACUGAGCAGGCUGACUCCUCCCCCGUCGCACUUCCAAGAUAAAGAGCGCAGUUUAGGUUUGAAACCUGCAGACUCAGUCCCAACCGAACUCGGUAGACACCAGACCGACCAGCGCAACCGCAACCCAGGCUCCGCCUCUCUAUGCCCAUUGGCUCAUUCAAUUCACGCAGGAACCAAUGGGAGGAGGCGGCGGCGGCGGCGGGGUUUCCGGCGUGCGGCGGCGUUGGCUUGAGAAAAUUCUAUGUAGACCCAAAGCGGAGACGCAGCUCCCCACCCGAGGCUACAAUGAGUACCCCGGCGGUGCCCCGAGACCUGCAGCUGCCCCCGAGUCAGAGGGCCCAGUCUGCUUUCAAAGAGCAAAGAAAACAAAAACUCCAGGAACACCUGUUGAGAAGAAAAACACUUUUUGCAUACAAGCAGGAAAACGAGAUGUUAUCCAGUAGUAUAGGUCAAAGAGCUGUGACGUCUGAGGACCAAGCUCAAGAAGGGACUAAAGUGCUGAAACUUAAAACAAAAAUGGCUGAUAAAGAAAAUGUGAAGAGACCUGCAGGGAGCAAAAAUAGUACAAUAGUGGGGAGAAAUUGUGUUCCUUUAAAACCUUCAAAUGAACUCACCAAUUCAACUGUAGUAAUUGACGCACAUAAACCUAAGGAUAGUAAUCAAUCUCUGCAGUCGUUACUAACUAAAGAUAAUCCACAAAGUAAACAUAUGACAUUAAGCCAGGCAUUUCACCUUAAAAACAAUAGUGAAAAGAAACAGAUAACUGCAGAAAAACCAAAGCAAGAUGCUAACAUGCCCAAGAAACCUGUACUUGGAUCUUACCGUGGCCAUAUUGUUCAGUCUAAGGUUAAUUCAUUUAGAAAACCUCUACAAGUCAAAGAUGAGAGUUCUGAAGCAACAAAGAAACUUUCAGCCACUGUCCCUAAAGCCACAAAGCCUCAGCCUGUAAACACCAGCAGUGUAACAGUGAAAAGUAAUAGAUCCUCAAGUAUGACAGCCACCACGAAAUCUAUAAGCACUACAUCUCAAAACACACAACUUGUGCGACGUCCAAUUAGAAGUCAUCACAAUAAUACCCAAGACACUGUGAAACAAGGCAUCAGUAGAACCUCUGCCCAUGUAACAAUCCGGAAAGUACCUCGUCAAAAAGAACUGUUAGAAUCAAAAACAGCUUUACCUAGUGUCAAAACCAGUUCUUGUCCAGAUAUAAUUAGAACUAAGACACUGUCAAGAAGCAUAGCAUCUGAAGUUGUUGCCAGGCCUGCUUCAUUGUCUAGUGACAAACUGAUAGAAAAGUCGAAGCCAAUUGACCAGCGAAGACAUACUAUGGGAAAAGCAACUGUUGGUAGAUCAGCUCAUCCCAAAGAAACCGCAGAAGAGAGAAAAGCUCGUCUGAGUGAGUGGAAAGCUGGCAAAGGAAGAGUGCUAAAAAGGCCUCCGAACUCAGUAGUUAUUGAGCAUGAGCCUGAAGGACAAAAAGAAAAGCCAGUUGGGUCUUUUUGGACUACCAUGGCAGAAGAAGAUGAACAAAGAUUAUUUACUGAAAAAGUAAACAACACAUUUUCUGAAUGCCUGAACUUGAUUAAUGAGGGAUGUCCAAAAGAAGAUAUACUGGUCACAGUUAAUGACCUGAUUAAAAAUAUUCCAGAUGCCAAAAAGCUUGUUAAGUAUUGGAUAUGUCUUGUACGUAUGGAACCAAUCACAAGUCCUGUUGAAAAUAUUAUUGCAAUCUAUGAGAAAGCUGUUCUGGCAGGAGCUCAGCCUAUUGAAGAGAUGCGACACACAAUUGUAGAUAUUCUAACAAUGAAGAGUCAAGAAAAAGUUAAUUUGGAAGAAAAUACGGAGAAGGCUUGUGCAACCAAGGAAUUAGUCACAGAAGUCAGUAUUGAAGAUACAAGUGUUGAUGUAGAUCCAGAAAAACUGGAAAUGGAGAGUAAACAUCAUAUAAAUGUGCCUUUGCAAGACGGUGAAAAAGAGCAAGACAGCAAAAUGAAAGAUUCAACCCAUGAUGUUAAAACCCCCAAUACAGAAAUGAGGACAAGUUCAUUAAUUAAGUAUAAUGUGUCUACUACGCCAUACUUGCAAAGUAUAAAAAAGAAGGUGCAGUUUGAUGAAACAAAUUGCGCAUUUACGGAGCUGAAGUUUUUAACACCAGUGAGACGUUCUCAACGUCUUCAAGAGAAAACGUCUAAAUUGCCAGAUAUGUUAAAAGAUCAUUAUCCUUGCGUGUCUUCAUUAGAACAGCUAACGGAGUUGGGAAGACAAACUGAAGCUUUUGUAUGCCGCCCUAAUGCAGCACUGUGCCGGAUGUACUCUGAGGAUUAAAUGACAGAGGAGAACUAAAGCUCUGAUAGGGAAUUGGGUUUUUAUGAUUUGUGGGGUAUCUUGUUUGGAGUAGCUUUAUAUUGCCCUUAGGACUGAAGUUGACCAAGUACCUACGUAUCUUAAGUAUUCAUGGCAGUGAGCUUCUUUACUAACAUUGAUGUUAUGGCCAGAGUUGUCCUCUGCAUUAGAAAGCUAAUCCUACUGUUUGAAUCUCAACUGACUGAGUUUUUUCUUUUAAGAUAGGUAAAUUUUGUCAGCUAGUUUACUAUGUUCCUUAAAUAUAAAUAGGUUAUAAUAC